AUGCCUGUCAACGUGAUCACGACUGCAGGUGAAUUCCAGGAAUUUAUUCUUCAUUCCUCGGAUCUUGUGGUCCUCGACUGCUAUGCAGAAUGGUGUGGCCCAUGCAAGGCGAUCGCACCCUUGAUUGAGAAAUGGAGCGAUGAAUAUGAGAAUAUCAAGUUUUACAAGCUAGACGUUGAGAAGGCGAAUGAUCUUGCUGUUGAACUGAAUGUUACCGCCAUGCCUACCUUUAUGUUUUUCAACAAAGGAGAAAAAGUGACUGAAAUUGUUGGGGUAGACCAACGACAGAUUGUAGGUGCCAUCAUGGCCCUUGCUGCUUAA